ACUAGCGCCACGGUUCUUCCAGUGACUUUGUCCACCAUCGCGAGUGGUGAAGUGGAUUUCUUGUAGCAGUUUUUCGCCGGAAAAAGGAAACCGAUGAUGCAGAGAAUGAGCGUCGCGGGGCCCCUUUUGAGGGUGGUCGCCGCCCAGGGUGUAGAGCAGCAGCAGCAGCGUGGCAUGGCUACUCUGAAGGCCAUCUCAAUUCGCUUGAAAUCUGUGAAAAACAUCCAGAAAAUCACUCAGUCUAUGAAGAUGGUGUCAGCUGCCAAGUACUCUCGUGCUGAGCGCGAUUUGAAGAGGGCGCGUCCCUUUGGCGUAGGCUCGCAACAAUUCUACGAGAAAGCCGAAAUUGCGACUCCCGAGGAAAGUGAGAAGAAGCAUCUGGUCAUCGCGAUGACUUCCGAUCGUGGUCUGUGCGGUGCUGUGCACUCUGGUGUGGCUCGACUCAUUCGCAAUGAAUUGGCGGACGCCUCAUUGGCCGCCAAUACGAAGAUCGUGUGCGUGGGUGACAAGAGUCGCUCGAUUCUGCAGCGUAUUCUUGGCCAGAACAUUAUGUUUGUUGCCAAUGAAGUGGGGCGCUUGCCACCGACUUACAUUGACGCUUCGAAAAUUGCUGUAGAGAUUCUCAACUCUGGAUAUGACUUCUCCGACGGGAAGAUUGUUUACAAUCGCUUCAAAUCCGUGGUGUCGUACAGCUUGAGCGACAUCCCAAUCUUCAGUCGUGCUUCUGUUGAGAGCGCUGCUAGUCUCUCAGUCUACGAUUCUCUGGACGCCGACGUGAUCCAGAGCUACUUGGAGUUCUCGCUGGCGUCUCUCUUGUUCUACGCCAUGAAGGAGGGCGCCUGCUCUGAGCAAUCCUCAAGGAUGACGGCCAUGGACAACGCGUCCAAGAACGCCGGAGAGAUGAUUGACAAGCUGACGCUCACGUUCAAUCGCACUCGACAGGCUGUCAUCACCAGGGAGUUGAUCGAGAUCAUUUCCGGCGCUUCGGCCCUCGAGAAGGAGAAGUAGAGCGACUUCCCGGCGAGUGUAGUUGAAAGUAACAACACUUCUAUUUCAAUCUAAUUGUUGAUACAACCGAGCUGUCCUCCCGUGAAUCCUUGACUCCAUCCCACAGUUCUAGUCACUGAAUCCGCAAACACUACAUCUUUCUCUCUGGCGGACUGUCGAGAUGGGGACAACGAUUGCCGAGCUCACACGUAAGGAUUUCAUUUGCAGGAACAAUGAGAAUAAACAGUGCUAAGAGACAAUUUGGAGGGA